ACUGUUCUUCCUUGAAGCAAGCUGUUGUUUCGUCAGUGGAAACGAACAUGAGCGCGAAGUUCGAAAUUAUGCGCAGGUUACCCACUACUUCACGGAGCGAGACAGUGGAAUCCCCAAUCGACGGCGUUGCGAGCCGCAACUGCGCUUCGACAUGGGCUACGUGAACAGCGUGCACCACGACAGCAGCGUUGGUCGCACUGUUGGGGCCCAGGCCGCGGGUGGACAGGAGAUGGGAGAGCGACUGGAGCGCUUUAGCUGGGACUUUGUGCACGCCGCAGAACAGAGCAGCGAGGAGAUAGACCAGUACGUGAGCCUCUACACGCGCGCCUUCGAGCACGAAGAGGUCAUGCCCAAGGGCUGCAUCACUCCGUCGACCCGUGUUUGUUUCCUGAGCGCCGUGGAUUUUCGGGGGUCAUGGCGUUACGCGUUUGAUGACUGCUCGGCCACCCGAGAGCCUUUCAGCGAGGCGGACGGCACCACCUCUGCGGUCAUCAUGGUGCACCAGAGGGGGCGCUUCCCCUUCGCCAAGUGCCCUGACCUCAAGGCUACGGCGUUGCUCCUUCCGUACCAGGCACCCGGCGUGGGAGCUGGUGGCAAGGCUUCGGGGCCUUUCACUCCGCAUGAUGGCAGCAGUACUCCCACGUGAGUGGCUCUCGCAGCACUCUUUACCGAAUGUUACGGGGACAAUGCAACCAUCACAAUCAUACACUGCAAUACUGCGCAGCACGGACUUUGCCUGCUCUUAAGAUCACGUAUCUUUGGACACCUCAGUAUUGCUUAAUGUUCCAUAUUCGCGACCAAGGCCGCCAGUGGCCACAUCUAACACUCGCAGGCAAUGAGAAUAAUAUAUGACGCAAGUAUCUAAGAAAAUGGACGGUUGCAAAGCAGGCGCCGUACCUGUAUUGUAGAGCACCACACGCGACAUGCGGAAGUCGCACGUUUGGCUCCCACAUUGCGGCUUGUUUUCUCGUCGAGUGUGCUUUUAUUUAUCCUCUAUAGGAGAAACCAUCUGUGUCGCAAAUAUAAAUUUGAGUCUAUAAUUAUUUCGUAAUGGCAUCGCAAGUGCGAAAUCAAAGCAAGUGACGAUGGCAGAGGGAUGAGCACUAUCUUCCAACUAAAUUUAUUCAGUCGAACACCACCAUUAUAUACAUGGUUAUUGAAAAAAAAAAAAAAAAUAUGCGAAGAGAGAGGAAGACGUGGCAUCAGCAGAUUUUGCAUCCAGAUUUAAAUGCUAAUAUAUUCUGAAAUACGUGUACUAACACCACGCUAAGGCACGGAUCUUACGAACCUUCAGUCAUCAUUGGCUCCAGGAUUUGCCUCCUACGCUUUCACGUUGAUAUGUGCACCAUUAUGCAUUUCUGAGAAACUGGUGCGCAGCCGCACGUGCCACACUUGGCUGCCAAGUGUUCAGUUAGCCCUCCGUUAAAAUUAAUAAUGCGAAUAAUUCUUGCCAACUUUAGGCACUUUCAGUCUACCUAGCCUA